AUGAAGUAAGAAAUGAUUUUGCAUCUUGUCAAGGGGAUAAUCUUCAUGUUUCUAAUAGGACUUGGAGUUGUGGGGAACAUCUUGGUUCUUGUGAACUAUAUGGGCGUGUUUAGAAGCACUAUGAAAUCUAUACACCUCAUUCUCAUUCAUUUGGCUUUUACAAAUAUGGUAACACUUUUUUCAAAAGUAAUGCCAAGGACAAUUACCAGUUUGGGGUUGAGACGCCUCGUAGGUGAUACAGCCUGUAAGAUCAUAGUUUAUCUUGGUAGGGUGGCCCGGGGCCUGUCCAUCUGCACCACCAGUCUCCUCACAGUGGUCCAGGCCAUCACCAUCAGUCCCAGAGCCUCCAGGUGGAGGAGGCUGCAGCCCAGGUCUGCAUGGCACCUGCUUCCCUUGUUGCUCUUCCUUUGGAUACUCAAUUCCUUGAUAAGCAUGAAUUUAACAUUUUACUCCAAAAAUAUCAGCAGCAUGAACACAUCACAAUUUACUAGUGGUUACAACUAUUGUUAUUUACAACCACAAACCGGGAUAAUUAGAUGGAUUUUUAUUCUUCUCAUGGUCUUUCGAGAUGCUGUGUUCCAGGGUGUCAUGGGCGGGGCCAGUGGCUACAUGGUCUUCCUCCUCCACAAGCACCACCAGCACGUGCUCCACCUUCAGACCUCCAAGCUCCUCUACAGAACUCCCCCUGAGGUGAAGGCUGCGAAGAGUGUCCUCCUUCUGAUGCUCUGCUUUCUCUUCUUCUAUUGGGCAGAUUGCUUUAUGACUUUAUAUGUCACUUUCUCCUUAGAGAAGCGUUUCCUAGAAGUAAGUGCUCUAGAACUUGUGAACCUUGGCUACGCCGUCCUCAGCCCAUUUGUGCUGAUGCACAGGGAUGGACACCUGGCUGAGUGUUGUCGUGCUCAGUGA